GUUGAUGAUGAAAAAUAUCUGGGUUUUGAAUUUUCGAGGAAAUUCUUACCGCCACAAUAACUCAGGGGAAAUUCGGACUUCUCUCUUUUUAGUUUUUCUUUCCGAUGCUGAAUCCAGUUGGGACGACAAUAACCUUGUUGUGGGCCCCACCACCACGGGUCCACAUUAGUCCACUCCCUCUCUCGAAACGCAUCUCGCCGGCCGGUGGCGGCGGCGCGCGCAGCUCCGGCGACCUCCCGGACGGCCGCCGCCAUGCUACUGCCGAGGCGUCUUCCUCUUCUUGCUGGUCUCCUGCGCUCGGCCUCCUCCGACGCCUCCUCCAUUCCUCCAAACCGAAAGCAGCCAACAUUUUUUGGGCAGUUUAGGCUUACAAUGGCGUCGAAUCCCCAACUACUCACUACUUGCUCAAAUUAACCCUGAUAAUGUCUCAGGUAGAGAAGGGUUUCUAUGGAGUUCAUGUUAUUUUCACAGCACAAGGCAUCAGACAUCCAGAGAAGGGGAGCAGAUGGCUAAGGAGCUGCUAGACCCCCUUGCACUGAUUAAAGAUGAAGUAUCUGAAAUCUCAAAUAGAUUGCGCUCAAUGGUGGUAGCUGAGGUACCGGAACUGACGUUAGCAGCUGGGUACUUCUUCAGAGCUGGAGCUGAAGGGAAAAGAACUUGCCCCACUGUUCUACUAUUGAUGGCUUCAUCUAUAAGCAUGGACAUGGCUGACCCAAUUGUUGGUUCAAAGAAUGAGAUUCGUGAGAGAUAUAUGCGUCUUGCUGAGAUAACUGAACUGAUUCAUGUAACAAGCCUUAUCCAUGAUGAUGUCUUGGAUGAUGCUAAUACCAGGCGUGGCAUGGACUCACUGAACUGUGUUAUGGGAAAGAAGCUUGCAGUGCUGGCUGGUGAUUUUCUACUCUCCAAGGCAUUUUCUACUGCUGCGGUGUCUCUUGACAAUGCUGAGGUUAUAUUGUUGCUAGCAACGGCUGUAAAUAACCUUGUAACUGGUGAGUUUAUGCAGAUGAGAAUAACUCCAAUACAACGUUGCAGCAUGGAUUACUAUUUGCAGAAGUCAUAUUACAAGACAGCUGCAUUGAUUUCAAACAGUUGCAAAGCUGUUGCGGUUCUUGCUGGCCAAACAGCUGAAGUUGCGACGCUUGCUUAUCAGUAUGGCAAACACUUGGGUAUAGCUUAUCAGUUGAUCGAUGACAUCCUCGAUUUCACAGGGACAUCAGCUUCACUAGGCAAAGGCUCCUUGUCUGAUAUCCAUCAAGGAAUUGUGACGGCUCCCAUAUUGUUUGCAAUGGAAGAGUACCCGCAAUUGCGCGUAAUUGUAGAACAGGGUUUUGAUGACCCCUCAAAUGUAGACGCAGCCCUUGCAUACCUUGCCAGAAGUAAGGGAAUUGAGAGGACAAGGUUACUUGCUGCUGAACAUGCCAAAUUGGCAGCAGACGCAAUCGAUGCUCUUCCUGAGAGCAAGGAUGGAUCUGUGCUGAUCUCAAGACAGGCACUCAAAGAUCUUACAGAAAAGCUCAUCAAGAGAACAAAGUGAAAAUAUAUUUAUAAUCGAUGAGAAGUGCCAUUGGGCAGCAGAAUCCUUAAAAGAUCUCAUCAUGUUCUUCUUUGUCAAAUCAUUACAGCUGAAACCUGCAAGCUAAGCUUUGGAUGCAUGUUCUACUUCUCCAAAUUUUAAUGGGUCAGUUUUUUAUGGGCUGACUCCAUCAGUUCUUUAGGUCUUUAAUGGGCUGAAUUCUUUCACACGCUAAAUUGAUUUGCUUGUUCAUUUGAAUAGGCUCUCACUUGUUAGGCCUUUAACGGGCUGAAUUUGUUCCUUUUCAGGCCGUUUCAGGCCGUUCGACGGCCUGAUUUUUCUUACUGGGCCUAGUUCAUUUCCAAAUAGGAUUCCUUUAACAGGCUGGAUUUUUUACUAGUUGGACCUUUAACGGGCUAAUUUAAUUUCCUUUUGUGGUUUAA